AUGGGCGCCACGACCUUCGUCGCGCUCUGCGGGCCGCCCGAGGCGGCGGCGCUGCUGGCCGAGCUGUCUGGCAGGGAGGCCCCGGGACGCAUUGUCAACGGCCAGGCGGGCGAGUUGGAUCAGGUGGUCCGCGCGUGGCGUGGUUGGGGGACGCUGGCUGGGACGGGUUUCCGCGGCCCCAGUUGGUCUGGGGGCUGGCUCGUGCAGCUGCAGGACAGCAGUGCGACUGGCGACCACCGCUUCGGUAUCGUGCGGGGCAUGGACCAGCAAGCGAUCGUCCUUCAUUGGAUCGCCACAUAG